AUGGUCGAAGUUCUCACAGACGCUCAUCGCGGAGAGCUGCAGCAGAUCUUCGAGCGCUUUGACUCGUCGAGCAGAGGUUUCUUGGACGUCAGGGAGCUCAAUGCCUGCUUCAGGAGCUUUGGGUGUGUGUACACAGAAGCAGAUCUACAAGAGAUGAUGAACGAGGAGGCUGAGAAGAAGCAGAUGAUGACGAAGAAGAUGAAAGAUUGCGAUGUGGUGGCAGAAAUCAAGCUGGCUUUCACGCAGCUGGAUGAGGACGGGGACCUGAACAUCAAUCGCUCCGAGCUGCGGGCGGUGCUGGAGAAGCUGACGGAUGGUCGAGUGCGGGCGGAGGAGGCUGACGUGGAUGGUGACGGCAAGAUCUCACAGCUGGAUUUCAUCAACUUCUUGACAACAUGA